AUGGAGAAACACAGCGAGGGCGGCGGCAGACGGACGUCGGUUAGUUCCCAUAUCCUGGCCGACCCUGAGGAUAAGGCCGUUUCUUUCGACGAAGCCGUACCCUUUGACCAGCAGGCGACCAAGAACCUUCUACGGAAGCUUGAUUACCACCUUGUCCCUUUCCUCGCCCUUCUCUACCUAUUGAGCUUCCUUGACCGUACCAACAUUGGCAAUGCACGGCUUGCCGAGCUUGAGGUCGAUCUUGGGAUGGAAGGGCUCGAUUACAACAUUGCCCUGGCCAUCUUCUUUCCUUUCUACGUUGCCGCUGAGAUCCCCAGCAACAUGAUGUUGAAGAAGCUGCGGCCCAGCAUCUGGUUCACCUUUAUCAUGAUGGCAUGGGCCAUCUGCACUACAUUGAUGGGAGUCGUCCAAGACUUCCCCGGCCUACUUGUUUGCCGCGCCUUCUUGGGCGUCGCUGAAGGCGGGUUAUUUCCUGGGGUCACUUAUUACAUCACGAUGUGGUACCGUCGACACGAAUGUGGCUUUCGCAUGGCUCUGUUCUUCUCUGCUGCGACUGCUGCUGGUGCGUUCGGCGGCUUAUUAGCCCGAGGCCUUUCUGAAAUGUCUGGUCUUGGAGGUCUUCGUGGCUGGGCCUGGAUCUUCAUCAUUGAGGGCAUUUUGACCUUUCUGGUGGCAUGUGUGGCAUAUUGGGUCAUCAAUGACUAUCCCAAAACCGCCAAAUUCCUCACCCACUCGGAACGAACGGAGGUGCAACGCCGACUGAAGGACGACCGGUCUUCGCUCGCCGACGAGUUCGAUCUUAGAUACUUCCAUCAAGCAAUCAGGGACUGGAAAAUAUAUGUGCACAUGUUUAUCACGAUCGGAAUCUACACUCCCCUCUAUUCCAUCGCGCUCUUCCUGCCCACCAUCGUCAGGAGCAUGGGCUACACCAACGAACGAGCCCAAUUGAUGACUGUUCCUCCUUACGUUGUCGCCUGUGUUUUCACCAUUGGCGCCGGCUACGGCGCCGAUCGGGCAGGGCAAAGAGGCAUCUUCAUGAUGACGUUCGAGCUGGUGGCGAUCGCUGGAUUUACUAUGCUUAUCAGCAGUGGCAGGCCGGCGGUGCAGUAUGUCGGCACCUUCUUUGCCGCAAGUGGCCACUCACGUCCUGCUCCAACAGGGAUCUAUCCGCUCGUCCCGCUCGGCGUGGCAUGGAACGGGAACAAUAUCGGUGGCAGUCUCAAACGGGGCGUUGGCAUUGCCAUGCACGUCGGCUUCGGUAAUCUUGGGGGUGUGAUCGCUGCUUUCGUCUAUCAAUCCAGGUAUGGACCGAGAUUCUUCAACGGCCACGGCAUCCUCAUCGGCACCAUCACCAUGUCUUUCGUCCUGUCCACACUGAUGACGAUCUAUCUUCGUCGGGAGAAUGCACGACGGGAUAAGGAGGCGGCGGCUUUGGGGAAGAUGACUUUGGAUGAUUAUACGCAGGAGCAGAAGGAUGAACAGAGGCAUCGUGGUGACUAUGCUACAUUUUUCCGGUAUACUAUCUAG